UAUACCCCGAUCUUGUCAAGAGUUGAUAGUAAACAUUUCCCAAGAUUGAUUUGUGUGAGGGUGUUCAUCGCUCAGUAAAUAUUGGGACGCGCUACAAAAGAAUAAUUUCUUUGUUGACGCAAAAGCCGUAUCUAGGUAAGGUCCAUGGUUGAACGAAUCGGUUGUAUGAAUCAUUUGUUUCAUUUUGACCUCUUUCGUCAUGACGGGUUUUCCCUUUUCGUGUGUGGACAAAAGUAUAUUCUCGUCAUUUCUUGAUCUGUAUUGCUCCAACUCUACUUCCCACUUCAGCACAAUCUGAAAAUGGUAAAUAGAAUUUGAUUUAUAGCAGUCAGUGUACUUCAUAACUAUUUACUACAUUACUACAUAUAUACGUCGUUUGAGUCACUUAGUCUGUGAAACCAUCGUCGUGCAUCCUGUUAAUCUCCAUAUCAUAAGACGAAUCGACGACGAAAUAAUUAUGGAAGGUAAUAUUAUUAUCUCAACAACCAUGGCCAUCAUGACUAACAGGAGUAGCGAUACGGAUCUAUUUGUGUUUGAAGAUUACAACCAGCGAAUUGCUAUAGCCAUUAUCCUCUGUAUCAUCUUCAUUGUGGGAGCCAUCGGCAACACACUCGUCAUCACCGCCGUAGGGCUUUCCCGUAAACUUCGCUCAUCCACCAACUGGUUGGUCGUCAACUUGGGCUGUUCCGACCUGCUUACAUGCCUCUCCCUCCCGUUUAAUGUUGUCGCCUUGCUAAGCCGUGACGGAUGGCCUUUGCCCGGUUGGAUCUGCGCUGCUAAUUCGGCCGUGAUACUGGUCUGUCUGGGUGCCAGCGUCAUGACGCUGGCCCUCAUUGCCUAUAACCGCUGGUACCUGCUGACAAAGUCUAGUAUACACUUCCAGAAACUCUACACUACUAGAAACAUAUGCUUCAUGGUGCUUAGCGCUUGGCUAUAUCCAGCUCUUUUGGUUCUGGUACCUCACUUUGCUGGGUUGGGCCGACUGGGAUACUCUUACGAGUACAAGGCAUGCUCGCAGGAUACGUCACUUCCCACUUCAGACUUGUAUAGUCUCACAGCCGGGCAUUGGCAAUCAUCCCUGUGUUCAUUGUCAUUGUUGUUAUCUACGUUCGGAUCUAUCUCUUCAUUUCCAGACAAAGUAAAAAGAUGAACAAGCUCAAAAAGGAAGGAGCACCCAAGGCGUGUGGCAUAGACAAUGUGAACGUGGAAAUUAGCUCAUCAGAGGUUCCCUCGAUUGAACCGAGUACUCUCACAUCUGAAGAGACAACUUCAAACAUUGACACAUCACCAUCAACCGUAAUAGAUAUAUUAAAUGGAGAGGGCACAUUGACAGCCAGUGAGAAUCUACCAAAGAACACACCCCUUGAAAUUUCUGAGAAUCAUUCAAGGCGGUCUCCAGAAUAUAUAGCUAAUCAGAAGCGUCCAAGAUCCAUCAAGAAAAAGUUUCCUGAUAACAAGGCAAAACCACACCUGAACAAGUACAACGUCACGGUUACGAAACGACUUGCUAUUGUGGUGCUAGCAUUCAUCAUCUGCCUGCUCCCGUUUGGUGUGAGCGUUGUUGUUCCUCCUAGUGACCCGGGCGUCCCCUGGACAGGCCUGAUGUUGACCAUCAACAGUUGCGUCAACCCUCUGAUUUACGCCAGGACAAUGCCAGAGUUCCGCAAGGUGAUGCUAGCUAUCAUUCGCUGUCGCCUCAAGGACAUCACUGAGCCAAUCGCAUGCAUCCGUCGCUUUCGUUAAUGGAAUGGGAUAGUCCAAGUAGAACGACAAUCCACGAGAAAGUUUCAAAGCCAGACAUUGUCUGUCACGUGGACUAUAGCAUUAGUAGGUCCAUGGCUAUAGCCAA